AUGACAGCCAUCACGGCUUUGUCACGGGCAGGUCUUGUUUUAACAACUUCAUCUCCUUUUAUGCUCAGGUUAGCCAAGAAAAGAAACCCGCACGAACCGCACCGGCUCCGAGCCCGCAGGAGGGUCCCGGGACAACAAAGGUGUCCGGGGUUUCCCGGGCUUGCUGAAACUUCAUCAUUUCUGUUGAAGUUCGUUAUUCAGCUUCUGAAAGCUGGGAAGGCAAAGGAAGUUUCCUAUAAUGCGCUGGCUUCACACAUUAUUUCGGAAGAUGGGGACAAUCCAGAAGUUGGAGAAUCUCGUGAGGUCUUUGAUCUUCCUGUGGUAAAGCCUUCCUGGGUGAUCUUGUCUGUUCGCUGUGGAGUCCUUCUGCCAGUGAAUGGUUUCUCUCCAGAAUCAUGCCAGAUCUUUUUUGGAGUCACUGCUUGUCUCUCUCAGGUUUCAUCUGAAGACCGAAGUACUCUGUGGGCUUUGAUUACUUUUUAUGGAGGGAAUUGCCAGCUGAGUCUCAAUAAUACGUGUACUCAUUUGAUUGUGCCUGAGCCAAAGGGGGAAAAAUACGAAUGUGCUUGUAAACGAGAGAGCAUUAAAAUUGUGACACCUGACUGGGUACUAGACUCUAUAUCUGAUAAAGCUAAAAAAGAAGAGAUACCCUAUCAUCCUCGUCUGAUUGUAUACGAGGAGGAAGAAGAGGAGGAAGAGGAGGAGGAGGAGGAGGAAGAAGCAGAAAAUGAAGAACGAGAUUCCCCAAAUGAAGCUAGUACAGAUGAAAAAUUAUCAAGCCCAGCAUCUUCUCGAGAAGCCUCGCCUUUGGGUGAUCGAGCUUUUUCACCCAAAUCUGUUAGUGCUGAUAAAACAAAAGGGGAACUGAUGUUUGAUGAUUCUUCAGAUUCCUCUCCAGAAAAGCAAGAAAGGAAUUUGAACUGGACACCAGCUGAAGUUCCACAGACAUCUACAGCAAAGCGCAGAUUGCCUCAGGGCAAGGACUCUGGGUUAAUUAAUUUAUGUGCCAAUGUUCCUCCAGUACCAGGCAAUAUUUUACCACCAGAAAUCAGAGGUAAUAUAAUGGCUUCAGUACAAGGGACCCAAAGCUCUGAACGACCAGAAAUGAUGGCUACGUGGAGUCCAGCCGCACGGACAUUAAGAAAUAUUACUAAUAGUGCUGAUAUUCAGCAGAUUAACAGACCAUCAAAUGUAGCACAUAUCUUGCAAUCCCUUUCAGCACCUACAAAAAGUUUAGAGCAACAAGUCAAUCACAGCCAACAGGGACACCCAAAUGCAGUGUUGUUUAGCCAAGUGAAAUUAACUCCAGAGACACAUUUAUUACAGCAACCCCAUCAAACCCAGCAACAACAGCACCACCCUCUUUUACACCUGCAGCCUCAACAACUCAUGCAGCUGCAGCAGCAGCAGCAGCAGCAACCACAAAUUUCCCAACAGCCUUUCCCACAGCAGCAGACACAUCAGUUUUCACAACAGCAACAGCAAGUUCAUCAGCAACACCAAUUUGCACAGCAGCAGUUACAGUUUCCACAGCAACAGCUACAUCCACAGCAGCUGCACCGGCCUCAGCAACAGCUGCAGUUUCAGCAGCAGCAUGCUUUGCAACAGCAGCUGCAUCAAUUACAACAGCAGCAACUGCAACAGCAGCAGCUGCAACAACUACAGCAACAGAACCUGCAACAACAUCAACAGCUGCAGCAUCAUCAGCAGCAGAUCCAGCAACAGCAGUUGCAGCAGCAGCACCUGCAGAGAUUACACCAACAGCAUCAGCAGCAGCAAAUGCAAAAUCAAGCAUCACAGCACUUGACUCAAGCAUCACAGACACUACAGCAUCAAGUUCCAGCCCAGCAGCCCCAACAUCACCAGCAACAGCAGCCGCAAUUGCAGCAGCAGCAGCUCUUUGGACAUGACCCAGCAGUAGAGAUUCCAGAAGAUUAUUUUCUCCUGGGCUGCGUGUUUGCAAUUGCUGACUAUCCAGAACAGAUGUCUGAUAAACAACUGCUAGCGACUUGGAAACGGAUAAUCCAAGCACAUGGCGGCACUGUGGAUCCUACACUAACAAACAGAUGUACGCAUCUUCUCUGUGAAAGCCAAGUCAGUAAUAUGUACGCUCAGGCUUUGAGAGAAAGGAAGAGAUGCAUAACAGCACACUGGUUGAACUCAAUCUUAAAGAAGAAGAAAAUGAUACCACCACAUCGUGCCCUCCAUUUUCCAGUGGCAUUCCCCCCAGGAGGAAAACCAUGUUCUCAGCAUAUAAUCUCAGUAACAGGAUUUGUGGAUAGUGACAGAGAUGACCUCAAACUAAUGGCAUACCUAGCAGGAGCCAAGUAUACAGGCUAUCUGUGUCGCAGCAACACAGUUCUCAUCUGUAAAGAGCCUAGUGGGUUAAAGUAUGAGAAAGCCAAAGAGUGGAGGAUACCAUGUGUAAAUGCACAGUGGUUGUGUGACAUACUUCUAGGAAACUUUGAAGCUUUGCGGCAGAUUCAGCACAGCCGAUAUAUAGUAUUCAACCUUCAAGAUCCACUGUCUCCCAGUCAGCAUCUAGUUCUGAAUCUCCUGGAUGCAUGGAGAGUGCCAUUAAAGGUAUCAUCAGAACUUCUAAUGGGUGUGAGGUUACCCCUGAAACCAAAGCAAAAUGAAACAAGUCUUCAGCCUUCUUCUAAAAGAGCAAGAAUUGAAGACUUACCACCUCCUACUAAAAAGCUCACACCAGAAUUGACGCCAGUGGUGCUCUUCACAGGAUUUGAGCCUAUGCAAGUUCAGCAGUAUAUCAAGAAACUCUAUAUUCUGGGUGGUGAAGUGGCAGAGUCUGCACAGAAAUGUACACAUCUGAUUGCCAGCAAAGUGACCCGCACUGUAAAGUUCUUAACAGCCAUUUCAAUAGUCAAGCACAUUGUAACUCCAGAAUGGUUAGAAGAGUGUUUCAAAUGCCAGAAGUUUGUUGACGAGCAGAACUACAUGCUCAGAGAUGCAGAAGCUGAAGUGCUUUUCUGCUUCAGUUUAGAGGAGUCCCUGAAGAGAGCUCAAGUAGCUCCACUUUUUAAGGGAAAAUAUUUUUACAUUACACCUGGAAUUUGUCCUAGUCUUUCUACCAUGAAAGCUAUUGUGGAAUGUGCAGGAGGAAAAGUAUUAUCCAAACAACCUUCAUUUCGGAAACUUAUGGAACAUAAACAAAACAAAAGUUUGCCAGAAAUAAUCCUGAUAUCCUGUGAAAAUGAUCUUCACUUAUGUCGAGAAUAUUUUGCCCGAGGCAUAGAUGUCCAUAAUGCCGAGUUUGUUCUGACUGGAGUACUUACUCAAACACUGGAUUAUGAAUCAUGCAAAUUUACUUGAUGGCUAGUAAAAUGCCUUAUUGCUUCGGAGUCCUUGGAGCAUUAAAUCUAGCUGUUCCAGCCACCGUAUAAAGGAACUAAUACUUCCUGUGGAUGCUGUUUUCCAGCUGUUUUCCUUAGGGUGAUGAGCAGUUUAAAGCAGGAAAGCAAAAAUAAACUGCAUCUUUUUUAGGAUGUGUAAUUUUAUUAUGAGGAAACAUAAUUUACUAUGUUUUGUAUUAUACUACCAUUUUAAGAGCCCACUUUAGGUAUCACGAUUAGCCAGUUUCUAAAUGUUUUGACAAAUCUAUGGUACUUCAGCCAAAAGUAAAAUGUGGAUGUAAAAAUCAGAAAGGGCUUGCUAUCUAUUAAAUUAUGGAUGUUGAAGAUUAAAAUGUUUUGUACUUUAUUUUUAUUUCUUAUACUCUAUUUUCUUUUAUAUUGCUAUUUUGCCCAAGUUUUAAAUAAAUGUACUUUUAAAUGUUU